AUGGCCCCGAAACUGAGAUGUGUUUGCAUGGAUAAAGACGACCUUGCGUGGGAGAAGAGUGACGAAGAGGUCGAAUCGUGGCAGAAGUCACUACAUGACCGUGAAAUUUACCUUGGAAUCAGCAGCCUUAUACGAAAAUACAGACCUGGCCAGGCAGUAAGGCUUCAUACACCGAUUAGAGGCGGAUACAAUAUAUUCUACCGGCUCGAAUAUAGUGAUGGCUCAUCCGCUGCGAUGAGGAUCCCCUGCAUUGUCAAGUUCCCCGAGGAAAAGGUUAGGUACGAGGUAGCUACAAUGCGUUAUGUCGCUGCAAACACUACGAUCCCCGUGCCUAGGAUAUACCAUUACGGAACUGCGGCGGAGAAUCCUACUGGCCUUGGCCCCUUCAUUAUUAUGGAUUAUAUAGACCACGAGAGGACAAUGUCUGACGCUUUGAAAGACCCUACUCUAGGACCUGACGAGUCUCAUGUACUGGACGCCGACAUCAGCGAGGAUAAGCUCAAGUUUCUUUACAGGCAAAUGGCCAACAUUCUGCUGCAGCUAUCUCGGUUGACAUUUCCCAAAAUAGGUUCCUUGGUGCAGGAAGAUGAUGGAUCGUUUUCUGCUUCAGGACGGCCGCUGAUUCAGAACAUGAACUCUUUGGUAGAGUUCGCUGGGGUAGUCCCAUCGCUACUACCAUCCCAAUCUUACGACACCUCUGCCGAGUGGUACGCAGCCAUGGCAGACAUGCAUAUGGCACAGCUAGCUUUCCAACAUAAUGAUGCGGUUCUAGAUGAGGAUGAUGUACGGGAUAAAUACGUUGCUCGUCAGCUGUUUCGACGACUUGUAUCUAGUCGGCAGCAGCACCACUGCGAGUCUACCUUUCGGCUAUACUCUGAAGAUUUACGUCCAUCCAACGUCUUGAUCGAUCAAGAUCUUCGCGUAGUAGGCGUUAUAGACUGGGAGUUUGCCUAUGCUGCGCCGCCGCAGUUUUCGUUCGAUCCCCCCUGGUGGCUGCUCUUAAAGAGCCCAGAGUACUGGCCCGGCGGGUAUAAUCCAUGGAUGGAGGCAUAUGAACCUCGACUGAAUACGUUUUUAAGCGGUUUAGAAGAAGAAGAAGAGAAGGAAGAUGAGCAAAAAGGUCCAACAUCCCCUACAAGAGACUCUGGGAUGCCACUUUCACGGCUAAUGAGAAAGAGCUGGGAGCAAAAAGCUUGGAUGAUUAAUUACGCCGCUAGGAAUAGCUGGGCUUUUGACUUUAUCUUUUGGAGGUAUUUGGAUGGUGCGUAUUUUGGGGAGAAUGAGAGUGGUGAUUAUCAUGCAAGACUUGGAUUACUUGCGAAAGAGGAAAUUGAAGCGAUGGAAGCUUUGGUAGUGAUGAAGAUGGAGGAGAUGGCGGAUAGGGUCCUGGUUCAGUGGAAUCAUGAUGAUGCUGUGGCCAGGCUGGCUAAGGUUAUGGUUUGA